AUGAAAAUCGACAUCUCCAAGUUCUUCAACAAACUCUGCAACAGAAUAGCAAUUUUACUGAUAUUCGUCUUAGUAGAAUUCAUAAUCCUCAUUUGGAAACUAACAUCGUCGGAUACACAACCAAUCACAACUCGGAGAUACCUCAAAUUCAUCGAAGAAAAGAAUCCAACAAUUCGCUACACGAAAAAGUCUAAUAAGAAGCCAUUGUUAUUAAACGUGGAUUGUAGUGUGUGCUUAUGCGAUUUCGAAGAAGGAGAGAAAGUGAGAAGGUUGAAAUGCAAACACGCGUUUCAUAAGGAUUGUUUGGAUAAAUGGUUGCAAGAUUAUUUGGCUACGUGUCCAUUAUGUAGGGAAGAGGUUUUACCCGAACAUGUUGUGUCGAAACAUCGGGAGCAUCGGAAUCAUCGACAAGGUAAUGUUGAAGGGAAUCAUGAGAAUCUUCCGUAUGUGUUGUUCUUGCUGCGUGGUGGGAAUACUAGUCAGUGGCGUAGAUAUGUAUGA